AUGAAGAGCAUUUGCCAGCAAAGAGAUGUCAAGAUCCCUGCCGGUGUCACCAUCGACAUCAAAUCUCGAAUUGUGGUCGUAAAAGGUCCACGAGGAGAAUUAACUAGAGAUUUGAAGCACGUAAACAUGGAAAUCCUUCGAGUAUCACCUGAAGUCAUGACCGUCAAAGUCUGGCACGGUGCCAGAAAGCACGUCGCUUGUAUCCGAACUGUAUGCUCCAUCAUUGAAAACAUGAUUAGUGGUGUUACCAAGGGCUUUGAAUACAGAAUGCGUUUCGUAUACGCUCACUUCCCCAUCAACGUCAAUAUCAUCGAAAACGGUACCUUGGUUGAAAUCCGAAACUUUUUGGGUGAAAAGAUUAUUCGAAAGGUCGGAAUGUUGGAUGGUGUCAAGGUUGAGCACUCUACUGGUGGUGUCAAGGAUGAAAUCAUCCUUCAAGGAAACGAUAUUCAGAACGUGUCUCAGUCCGCGGCCUUGAUUCAACAAAGUACAACCGUCAAGAACAAGGAUAUCCGUAAAUUCUUGGAUGGUAUCUACCGUGAAAAGUCGGGUUUGAUUGGUGAACUGUAG